AUGUCUCGGCCGAGCGUGCCGGGCGCGGAGUCAGCUCCGACAGAGGAGACGUGGUACCCGCUCGUUCUGGGGGACUCCUUCCGCCCCAACGCGCCCGUUCAGUACUACACGCUCCGAUACGAGUUCAAGCCAGCGUCGAUCGAUUCCGCGCGCCCAGGCACGCUGCGGCGGGGCGGGGAGAGCCGCGGGGAGAGCAAGGUUGGGGUGGAGCUUCCAAACAACCAGCCGGGGAAGCCGCCACUGGAAUUCGAGGGCCACGUGGACCCGUGUCGCGACCAGGAGGGGCUUGUCCUUUUCGACGGGCGCUCCUUCCGCCUGGAGCGCCUGCACUACGCCGUGCGCAACCUGCGCCACAUCCGCCUCGCCAAGGAGAAGCCCGCGGGCACCGCGGGCACAGCGGGGGCGGACGCGGGGGGGUUGGCGGGUGGUGGAGCGGGGGGAGCGGGCGGGGGAGAUAAGGGAGGCGCGGGUUUCGGAAGUGGAGGAGGAGGAGGUGGCGGAGGAGGGUGGAAUCUGAAUUUGGACGAGGGGAAGGGGUUUGGCGGCGCGGGAGGUGGGCAUGGGAGCAGGGACGGGGAUGGUGGGGGAGAGACAGGCGGUGCAGGGCAAGCAGGGAAGAAGCCACGAGAGCGCGAUGGAACAGCCUCAGCAGCAGCGGCAGCCAAGCGCAAAAAAGGCAACGCUGCAGCCGCAGCAGCAGCAGCAGCAGCGGACACGGCGGCAGGGAACGAGGCGGGUGCCAUGCCAGGCUCCUUGUCUUCCGCAGUGGCCGCUGCUGCUGCUGCUGCAGCUGCUGCUCGGGAGAGCAAGGCGGCUGCUGGUGGGGGAGGAGCAGGCGCUGGCGGUAGAGGAAGAGGUGCGGGCGAGGGGGUGGGUGCAUCAGGCGCUGCCCAUGCUAGCAAGUCGAGAGAUUACGGUGGAGGGAUGGGCAGAGGUGCUGCUGGUGCUGCUGCUGGUGGUGGAGGAGUAGGAGGAGGAGGAGGGAUGGGUGAUGGUGCAGGACGGGCGAACACAGCCACUGCUCCAGCACCAUAG